AUGGAUAUAUAUAUAUAUAUAUAUAUAUAUAUAUAUAUAUAUGAUGUUGAUUUUCAAAAGCUUUUCUUAAACAGUGAUAACAAAUUUGUUGCAGCAAACAAUAAGCGUGUUAAGCGCUCUGUAGGUCGUCCACCAAAGCGAAAAAGCAACUCCCCGCAAUCUGCCGAUGAAUCUAUUAAGGAAAAAUUAUUACGUCUAGGCUCAAGUCCUUCAGUUAGUGAAACGUCAUCCACUUCAUCUUUGGACUUAAGUAAUGAUUCUACUGUUGUUACUGAGGAAGGCAUAUUCGAUGAAAUUCCUGCAACUUCUGGGGCGACGCUUACUGAGCAUGGGCAGCCAUCAGAUACUGUGGAAGUUUUUGUAACAGUUAUGAAUGAUUAUGAUGAUUGCGUAGUGGAAGAGAAAAAGUUAGUUGAUCUCACUGGUUGUUCUGAUGAAUUAGAUUGUUACGUUGAACCUGAUAUGGAUGAUGUAAUCAUGUCUGUUGUCGAAGAAACGCUCUUUUGUCUUAUAAAUCAGAUUCAUCAGGUUUUUUCAUCACUUCGUUGUAAAUGUGGUUUACCGGAUUAG